UGUUUUCUAGCGUCCAUUCUUGUAGUUCGUUUACUCAUUCGAAUUCGUAGUUCUCUUUCCGAGAAUCUUUUAGUUAUUUUACGCUGUAUGUAAAGCAUUUUAGCGCCCAUUUUUGUAUAGUCCAAGAACUUUAUCAUUUUCGUUGAAUGAUUUUGUGAUAAACGUUGUGGAAUUUUUCCAUGAAAAUGGCUUCAGAGCAGUUUUCACUGUGUUGGGAUAAUUUCCAUCGCAAUAUGAGCAUGGGAAUGCAGUCCUUGCUCGAAAAUGAAGUUUUGGUUGACGUCACCUUGGCCAUCGAGGGCCGAUACUUGAAGGCACACAAGAUGGUUCUCUCCGUUUGUAGCCCUUACUUUCGUGAAUUAUUCCAAAGCAACCCGUGUAAACAUCCCAUUGUGUUCAUGAAAGAUGUUAGUUACGUCGUACUGAUGGAUUUAUUGCAAUUUAUGUAUCAAGGCGAAGUGCAAGUUGCUCAAGAGAAUCUGUCCUUGUUUAUUAAGACGGCCGAAGCUUUACAAAUUAAAGGACUCACUGGUGAUAACGAGGGUCAAACGAACGCAGAAAGUGAAGAAAUGGAGACUGCCGCAGUCGACACUAAGAAAGCUACAAGCCGUCCGAAAAAAUUCUCCGGCCCCGCCUCCAAG